AGCAACAUACCGUGGUGGCAGAUCAGCGGGGCGGUACGCACAGCGGGAUAAAGCCACACUGUAUUUUACCCGAAAAAGAAGCAGGGAAGGGGGCGCAUCCCACCGUUCCUAGAGUUGCCACAACUUCGCCAGCCUGGUGUGCUGAUUUGUGAAAGCUGGCCGUGGCUGCAGACCGGGAGAACCGGGACCUGCGGAACUAAAACGGGGACUAUUCUCACCGAUCUGCAAGGUGUUGUGUACGGUUUGCAAACGGAAGUGAAAAAAGAAACAGCAUUUCCUCUGAGGAACUCUAAGUCUUGGAAACUUCCCAGCAGAGCAUCGAUCGAGGACCUCCCGCCCACUUCACCUCAGUCCCACAAUACUGGAGGAGGAGGGGGGGAGAGUUCAGCAGGCGCUGCGGUGGAUGGAGCAACAAAGGCUAGAUGGUUAAACUGGAAGAGCUUCUUUGAUGAAAACCCGCCGCUCCUCUCGGUCCUCGGCUGAUAUUUUGUAAAGCACUUCCUCGUCUCAGCAGCAAAUCUACAUCUGCUUGGAUCUCGUUUUGGGGACCCAGCCAGGUUCUCCUUAGUGCAAACUCUGUGCCAGACAGGGAAUCGCCGCAGACGUGAAAUUGAUGCUUUGCUACAAAGAAGCGCAGCACCAAGCCUCCAGUUUUGCGAAAGUCUCCUGCUGCUCAGGAAGGGAGGCUGACUAGUUUGGGCCGAAGUGGGAUUUCCAGAAGUUGCAUGCGGGGUCUGUGUUGUCUCGAGUGAGCACUAUCCACCCACUCUCAGGUUAUCAGAGCAGAUCGGGAUAGUUGAGGUGCCAUGGCGGUGUAUGUGGGGAUAUGGGCACUCCUGUUGGCGCUGAACAUUCAAGCUGGCAGUGGACAGAUGGUGCAGAUGGACUCCAGCAAGUCUGGCUUUGUGGGUUCACAAGUGGAGCUGCGCUGCAUUUUCAGCAACAGCAAUCCGCCAGUCAAGAUCUCCCAAGUUACCUGGCAGAAGCUCCUUAAUGGCACCAAACAGAACGUGGCCAUCGCCAACCCGGCCCUGGGUGUGUCCGUACUGCCGCCCUUCAAGGAACGGGUCAGCUUCAAGCACGCGGCGGUCCGUCAUCGUACUCCCUCGCUGGAGGACACCACGAUCGUGUUCUCCAACCUGCAGCUGUCUGACGAGGCCGCCUACAUUUGCGAGUACACCACAUUUCCUGCGGGCAACCGCGAGAACAUGGUCAACCUCACCGUGUAUGCUCGGCCCAUGACACGUAUGACCUUGACGACCCCUACGAUCGUGGCCAGGGGUCAAAAGCGCAAGAUGACUGUUGCUACUUGCGUGUCAGCAAAUGGGAAGCCCCCGAGCGUGAUCAAAUGGGAUACCAGGUUGAAAGGCGAAGCCACCUACCAGGAGACUCGCAAUCAGAACGGGACCGUGACCGUCCGGAGCAACUUCGUGGUGGUGCCGAGCCGCGAGACCCACAAACAGAAGCUCACGUGCAUCGUGACGUACCGCAACGAGAAGAUCACCGACAGCGUGGUGCUCAACGUGCAGUAUGAACCCGAGGUGAAGAUCGAGGGGUUUGAUGGAAACUGGUACCUGAACCGUCAGAAUGUCCAGCUGACCUGCAGGGCUGAUGCUAACCCCCCUGUCACGAUCUACCAGUGGAAACUCUUGAAUGGCUCCCUACCCAGCAACGUGGAGAUCAAGAACAACACCCUGUUCUUCAAGGGGCCGGUGACCUACGACCUGGCUGGAACAUACGUCUGCGACGCCACCAAUGGCAUCGGGACUCGCACCGGCAUCGUGGACGUGAACAUCACAGAAUUCCCUUACCACGACCGUGAGACCCCAAUUGACCCUCAGGAGCAGCACAAUGCAGGUGCCGCCAUCGGGGGUGCUGUGGGGGGAGUUGCCCUGUUGGGUCUGGCGGCCAUACUGCUCUUCAUAUUCCUGCGCCGCCGGCAGCGCACCUUCAAGGGAGACUACAGCACUAAGAAACAUGUGUUUGGGAAUGGGUACAGCAAGGCUGGUGGCCUGCCCGCCCACCCCCCCAUCCCCAAGAACCUGCAGUACCCGGACGACUCGGACGAAGAGAAGAAACCCACCCAGAUCGGCACCACCGGAGGGUUCGAGGCGAGCGAGCGUGAUUUCGAUGCGGAAUCGGACCUGAAGAGGCCCUAUUUCACUGUGGAUGAAGGGGAGAGCCGGGACUACGACGAGCGGACUCUGGCCUUCCAGUACGACCCCGAACCUGAAAUAGCCGAUGAUAUGAUCUCUCAAACCGAUGGUUCUGUCAUUUCUAAGAAAGAGUGGUAUGUGUAGUGGCAUGCAACAACCAAACCAAACAACCCUACGCCCAACACCUGCAUUUCCACCGCACCCUUCACCUCCAUCACGACCCCACCCUUCCAUUUGUCAAACUGCACUGUCACAGUCUCAUUCCUACCCCCCCCCCCCCUCCCCUCACAUCAGACCCCAUCCAACUAAUCUCAAUUAGAAAAUCAAGUGUCUAUUUAAAGUGCUAGCAACAUCAACUUCUCAGCAUUGGUAUGAGUACCCUGAUGAAUGGGCAAAGAAUACAAACUAAGGUAUGUAGAUGGACACACUGUUGCUGACACAGGUCAGCGUGGUGAUUGGUGAUUUUGUGUAUUUUUUCAUGUUAUAAAUGUGUUAUAAAUGUAUAAACAGAGACAGCAGGUGGAGGUUUUGCUGAGCACAUGUGUGAAAGUCCAACACUGGAUGUUCUGUCUGAUUUUAAUUUUUCCAUUAACAUUACAGUUUUGUUAUUUUUUAUAUAUAAAACGUCUUUUUGUAUGAUUUUGAAGUGAGCUGAGAACUGAGAUGAGUGUCUAACAUAAUUACAGGUGGAGUUCUAAGCGUGUGUAGUUUUGUGGUCAAAUGUUUCAGAGAAAGGAAAAAAAAUGGGAUACAUACUUGUGUCAUUUCUCCUGUUUCUCAGUGGGGUUAGCAUCCAUUUUUAUAUAUUUACAGCAUUAAAACACACACGCCGUUAUUGCUGUUUUCCAAAGACACGGCUAGCAUUUCACCACCACAACCCCCCCCCCCACGUGUGCAUGUGCUCAAUUUGUUUCUGUACUGAGAGGGAGUCCGUCUCCUGAGCCAUGCGGACAUUAUGGCAGUAACAUAUAAAUAUCCAGUAUGUUCAAAUGUUUUUAAUUCAUUUCAUGAGUUAGUGCCCUUAUCACUGAAGCAGCAGAGCCGGGGAGAGAAGGGCUGUAACUGAAUCACACAAAACAAUUUCUGCUUUUCAGUGAUGCGUCUCAAACAUGUGUGAGUUUCACAGGGAGAUCUGCAGCAGCUCUGAAAUGUCACGAUUGCCACUCGACUUGAACAGUUUGACCUGUGGACACGAAAUCAUGGAAAUCACCGUCUUUUGCAUUUAGCCAUCAUAAUUACGCUUCAUUGCGACCCUUUUUUUUUUUGUUUUUUUGAGGAGGUUCCCAGUAAUGACUGUCUCUCUUUAUAAUUGUGACUGUACUGAAGAGUUUGCUUACAUCAACAGCAUUUUCUAUGAGGAGUCAUCCAUGGACACGAGGGACACGGAUAGGAGAAAAACGUCAGCUGAUGUUUUCAUUUGGGUCUGCAGAGCAAACGUUUUAACGAGUAAAGGGAAUUUAAAAUGUGGCGGCCGUACUGAGGUCGCCUGCUGCUUUCAUGAUGCUUUUGUUCCUUUUCUUUUGCUUCUUAAAUGAUUUUUAGGAGUUUUUAAGGUGAUUUUAAAGUAAUGAGUUGCUUCCUUAAUUUUGGCGGCUAACAGGGAAUCAAUGGCUUUGUCUGCAGGCUCUCUAUAUACUAUAUAUAUAUAGAUAUAUAUAUCUGUUUUUAAAAUCACUGUUAACAAGUGCCAGUGGAUGCUAGCAUAGCUAAUGACCUGUUUCUCUCCUCAGCACAGAGGUUCAUUACACAAUCAGCAAAAUGUAUUUGCUUCAAACAGCAACAACAACAAAAAAGCUCAAUGUGAAAAAUGGGUUAUGAUGGGAACAUCGGAGGAAAUCUGUCAGUGUAAACGACAUAUCUGACUGGCUCUGAACAAUAUAAAUACUGUAUUAAGCCUUAUUUUAUGCAUGUUUUGUGUGUGGGAGUGGAAGUGCAUAUGUUGCUAUUAUUUUCUAUCAGCUCCACUGUGCCGGUCCUCGUUUGCGGCUCAGACUACACCUUCAGUGUCGUCAGUACUGACAGAGGUAUGAGCUCAUAGGCGCACAGCACCCAGCAACAGCAUCGCAGUCAACACAAAAAAGUGUACAAUAGAUAUAUAUAUAGAAUAAUAAAGAUGAAAAAAUAAUAACAUCUCUGAGAGCAGAGCCCUCUGCGUGAGAUGUGAAUGUUCUACAGUCCAUGCUUGUCUGCUGUAUGUUUUUAGAUGAGCAUGUUAAUCAUGAACCUCAAAAUUUAUUGUGUUUUCGACACAAAUCGGCAUCAUGGUGUGGGGAAAUUGUUAUUAUUAAAGUCUGUUAGUCUCAGUUUAGGUAGCCUUAUUUUCUGAAGUGAUGCAUGAGAUUUGCCUCUGAAGGUUUCCCGGGGGGGGGGGGGCAGCAGCAGUGGGGGGGUGCUACUUUCAGUGAAGCAAAGGUCCAGUUUUCUAGUCCUUUCUUUUUUUUGUUCACCUGCAGGUGGAGCGCUUCACUGUAACCUUUGACCUUCACAUUGUUUGCAUCACAGCAAACAUGUUGAAAGCUUCUUUUGUUCUCACAUUCAGUGCCUGUCAGCGUUAGGAGGCAUGGGGUACUCUAAACACUUCAUUUAAGCCAGGGGUGCCCAAACUCCCGACCCGCGGGCCGAUUCCAGCCCUACUUCAAAAACAACAUAAAAUUUGUCCCUUUAAGUUACUUUUUUGACAUUUCGCCUUCCCCUCCAAUUAAGAGAGUUAAGUGAAAUGUCAAAAAAGUAACUUGAAGGGACAAAUUUUAUGUUAUUUUUGACAUCAAUCUGCAGAGCAGAAGUAGGGGCGGGGCCGGAAUCGGCCCAUGGGUCGGGAGUUUGGGCACCCCUGAUUUAAGCUAUUCACACCCACAAUAACAUCAGGAAUAUUACUCAACUAAGACGCACACUGCAAAGCUCUUAAACAUAAGAGAGCUUAUGGUUAUUUGCAGUAUAGUGGAGGUGCAAACACUGUGCAUACAGAUGGUAAUUCCGCACUUUUCCCACUCAACAUUGGAAAGUUUAAGUCCCGAAGAGAUCGAACUGCUGCAAUUUAUUUGCACAUCUCUGAAUUUUCUGAGCACAACAUGAGAAAUGCUGGUGCGGUUAAGAGAGCUCUAACCUGUCCUCACAAACAUGGCCCCCCCCCUUUUAAAGCACAAGUUUAUGGUUUCAUUUGAAUUGUUGUGUAACCACUGCCACACGUGCUUGUCAGAUAUGUUGGUGAGAGAGAACCUUUUUAUUUGUGGGUCCGCUGUCUGUAUAGAUGUACAUGUAAACAUUGUCUUCAUGUUGUUGGGCUGUUAUGAGUUUCUAUAUUUUUUUUAAUACUGACAGUAAUUUCAUUCCAUCCUAAUCUCCUUGUUUUUGUAUUCAGUGUGUUUCAACAUUCCACUGUAAAUAAUGUACAUAAGGCUGAGAUUAUAGUUGGGAUUUAUUUCGGGACAGCCGCGUAGGGACCCUGUCGUGUAAAAUAUACCUAUUUUGACUGCAAACAUGGAGACUCAAUGAUGGAUAGAUGACGUUGAUGCAUAGCUCAUUUCCAAAGUCCCACCUAAAAAUGCUCCUCUAGUACAUUUAUUAAUAUGCCGGUAGUGGCUUCACUGUUGGGGGUGACGCAUACAGUCUGUCGAUGUAACGUUAUUAAAAGAGAGUCAAAAGAGAGAAACUGUCUGUAUGCAGCCAUGUGAAUGUAUAUUUCUGAGGGUGAUACGAAUACAAAAAAAAAACAAAAAACAAAUCUAUUGUUCAAUUGUGAUGACCCAGUGAAGUAACUGUAUUUGUUUUCAGCAUUAAAUGAGUUCAAUAGUCAA